AUGGCCACCACUCCAUACAGGAUUCUCGGAGCAGAUUUAAACAGCAACUAUUUUCAGUUACGCAUCGCUUAUCUUAAGCGAAUUCACGAAUUGAAAAGCGAUCGAGAGAGGCCGACGAAACAUCGUAGGAUUACUCCUGAACACUUUCGAUUGAUUUGUCGUGCUUAUGAAACGUUAUCUGAUCACGAGAAACGUCGCCGAUUCGAUGAGGAUGAAGAAUGGACUUACGAUAUAGAUAUAUCAAAUUAUACACUUCAACAGUUAGCCGCUGAGCCAGACCUUGCAAAUGAAUUGAAAAAUCGGCUACACAAAGCGAAAUUAAGACAGAUUAAUGAACGUCAUCCAGUGACAGGUCAUACACCAUUGUAUUGUGCUGCACGUGCUUGUAAUAUUGAUGCUGUUUAUUAUCUAAUUGAACAGGGUGCCAAUCCUGAUAUACGUCAACGAACGGGAAGCACGGCUUUGCAUGCGGCUGCAUUCUUCGGACAUGCAGAAAUGGUCCGAUGCUUGUUAGAAAGUGGCGCCGAUUAUCGGAUAGAAAAUAAAAGUGGUAACUUACCUGAAAGAGAAUCUCACAACGAUGAAGUUCGAGAGACUUUUAAAGAAUUAAAAGAAACACCAUUUGUCAAAGCAGCUAAUGAUCAACUUGAUUGGUUUAAAAAUGUGGACAAUGGUGUAAGUCAUAUCGACACACAGUAUCAUGCGCAACGACAAACGCUACUUCAAUGUGCAUGUAAAAAAGGUCAUUUUGAACUUGCUAUUUGGUUCAUCGAAGAGCGAGGCGCCAAUCUGGACAUUGUGGAUAUUAAUUUGAAUUCUGCUUUACAUCUUGCUGCGUACGGUGGUCACACUAAAAUUGUUCGUCAUCUUUUGUUCAGAGGUGCUAAUCCGACACUCGUGAAUAAAUGGGGCAUGACAUCUGAGCAAGAAGGGUUUGCACAUGGCACCGACAUUACCAAUCUGUUUCGAGAUAUUCGGGAUCAGGACAUGUUUCGAAUGGCUAGAGAUGGUACUACUUGGUGGUUUCAAUAUUACUUCGAUGGUAAAUCACCAAAUGCUACCGAUGAAAGAGGAACAAGUUUACUUUAUAUUGCUUGUCGUUUCGGCCAAAUAGCUGUUGCCGAAUGGCUUUUAGACAACGGUGCAAAUAUCAAUGCUCAAACAAAGGAUGCACGUAGUACGCCAUUGCAUGGCGCAGCAUAUUAUAAUCAUUUGUCAACUGUGGAAUUACUGCUCAGUCGAGGCGCAGAUACUAGUAUAAAAAACAAGUUCAACACCACUCCCUACGAGGAAGCAACAAAUGCUGAAAUAAAGAGACUCUUGGAACGGUAUCGACAGGACUUAGCUGUCGAAAAAGUUAUUCCGGUUCAUUUAUAUGGCGAUGGUAAGUCUUCGGGAGACAAACCAAUAGCGACAGUGCAGUUGGAGUACAAAGCGACCAUCAAAGAUCUCAUUGAAGCAUUGCCCGAUUCAAUGAGUAAAGAGUAUAGAUGGUUUUCAGUUGCUCGUAGUCCUUUGAAUCUCGUUAGCAAUGAUAUUGGAUUAUUAUCAGCUGUGUAUCGAUCUCGUCAUGUUAAUACUAAAUUUAUCGAUCUGCCCUUGUGUCUCAUAGCUUACACGUCUCCACGAUAUAAAAAUAGCGGUUACACAGCACGAGAUGAACUUUCUAGUUUCGACACACGUGAUUUCGAGAAAAGUUUUAGUGCUCAAUGUGAAAUUGGUUCAUUCAAGGUUGAAGCAGUAUCAAACAAGAAACAGACGUUCAAUGUCGGCAACAUACAAUUCGAUUUUGAGUCUAAUUGCACACAUAGUGAUGUUCCACUUAGCAUCAGAUACAUCAUCUCGCCUGAUGCUGACGAAUUCAGACUACCUGGUUGCAUCUGUCUGUUCGAAAUACGUUGCAAAGAACAACAACAUCAACUCAAGGAACUACCAACUGCCACAAUUCGAGGGGAAUCUAAUGCAAAAUUGUAUACAUGGCUUCCUAAUUCUGGAUACUGGUUUUCUCAUAGUAAUUUACAUCGACGCUUAUCUCGUCUUCACGGUAAACACGCAUUUAUUCGUGAAGUGGAAGUUGUGCCCAAGCUAUUUUCUCUACUACCCGACAUGUUUAUUCAAGUUGUUCCUGGAAAACUAUUUCAGACACGCGAACAUCCGAUACAUUGUGAAUAUUUGAAGAUCUGCGAGCCUGAUCUCAGUCGUUUUCCACAUACUGCUUAUCAUGGCACAUCGAUUAAACUCAUUCGAUCGAUACUCAUGGACGGACUUGUUAUGCCAAGCACGAUUGUAUCGAGUGGGUUGCGUGUGUGUCCACCGCCGAAUCAUAUUGCACGUGGCUUGAAAGCCUUUGGCAAAGAAGACUUCGCUAAUGCGAUUUUCGUCAGUCCAAGUAUUCACUAUUGUUCAGAUCCAGUCUACGCUGUUACAUUUCCUUAUAAAGAUCAACAAAUGAUAGCUGUACUGGAUUGUCGAAUCCGCAAGGAUUCGUUUGACGCUUUUCCGAGUACUGUCAAACAUUAUAAACCACAUUCCGAUGACGAUGUGAAUAGUCUUGAGUGGCGUCUUCAAAGUCCGUCAGCAAUUCAAAUCGUCGGUAUUAUAUUCAUACCAGUGAUUACUUCACGAACGGCAGCAGUACGUCUGCGAGCAAAUAAAUUAGGAGUUAAUCCUAAUGAUCUGGAAUGA